UGUGCUGCUGAAGCAAGCAUACUGCCUAGAAUAUUUCUUAGAAGCUGAUCUUACUAAAAAUGCCCUAUCUUCUAGAUGAAAUAUAAGGAAAAAAGACAAGCAUGGAAAGUGAGAACACAAAGAAAAUACAAGAAAUGAAGACUGACCUGAAUUUACUGUUAGAAUGUCUGAAGUAUCACAUGGGCAACCCUUUGUCACAAAAGGAAGUUUUGAUCACUAUUCAUUCAGUUUGUCAACAAAACAGUGAUGCAGGUGUUUAUUUCCGGGAAAUUGGUGGUUUGAUGUUUGUAAAAAAUCUUGCAAAGUCAAGUGAGCAUAGCAUGGUAAAAGAAGCAGCCUUAUACACAUUAGGAUCUAUUGCAGAAGAAAAUGUUUACUGUCAGCAAACUUUGUGUACUUCAGAAUUAUUUCAAGAUUUAACUUUGCUCUUAUCUAAUGAUGAUUCAAACACAAAUUUGAAAAGAAUGUCCAUCUAUGUUCUUUUGGUUCUGGUUUCAAAUAAUAGGAAUGGACAAACGCUUGUAAGAGAAACAGGUUGUAUUGAAGUUCUGUCACAGUUGUUCAGGACAGUUCUUUCAAAUUAUGAGUUGAAUUUGUCAGAUAAUAAUGUUUUCCAGAGUUAUCUGUUGUGGUCUUCAGUGUGUAGUACUCUGUGUGUCUGUGUCAACAAUCCUCAAAAUGAUGAGAAUCAAAUGCUUUGUUGUUCACUUUUUCCAUAUGCUAAUGAAUGGCUAAUGAAUUGUAUGAAACCUGAGAUAAUUCGCCCUAUAUGCUCAUUUAUUGGACUUACUCUUGCAAAUAAUACACAUGUUCAGAACUGCUUUGUAUCUUCGGGUGGACUGGAUGUUUUGUCUCAAGUUCUUGUGCAACUGGAGUCUGAUUCACACAAUACUUUUUCCAGUGCUAAGCUUGCAGUGGUAGUGACAAAGACCGUGGAUGCAUGUAUUACUAAUAAUUUAGCUACCUUUUCAGUGGUGUUAUCCAAAUACCACAUUGUUUCAAAACUUCUGGCAUUACUGCUUCAUGAAAGUCUUGAUUCAGGAGAAAAAUUUAGCAUCAUACUUGCCAUUGGUCACUGCACAGAGGAUUGUGAGGAAAAUCAAUAUGAACUUUUAAAAAGCAAUGGGUUGCCACUAAUGAUACAAGCCUUAACUGAAUUCAAUAAUGAAGAACUAAACAAAGCUGCCACUUAUGUGCUUCAAAACUGCAAAACAAUUACUGAGAAAUUAUCUCUAAGUCUAGGAGAGAAUUCUUUUGAUGAAAAUGAAGCUGACCAACUAAAGGACAUAAAUGAAAAAGAGAAUCUUGAAGAGCACUGGAAGGCAGCAAAAGAAAUUAUAUGCAGAAUAAAACAAUUUGAAAGAGAAGGAAAAAAGGAAAAAUUACAAAGUGGACAAUAUAAGGAUAAUACCUCAUCUAUGAAAAUAAAAAUACAGAACACUUUGAAACAUCUCUGUCAAGAUAAUAUUGGAGGUACCAAAGCAGAAAAUAAGGAUACAAACCAGUCUAGAAAGCGUCCUAGUUAUAAGUCCAGUGGAAUCAUAUCUAAAGCUUGUGCAAAUGAAAACCAAAUGAAGACUCUGAAAAAGAACACAAAUCCCCUUAAUCCUUGCUAUAGGGAGAGAGGGCAGAGUAAGAGUUUACCUAAAGCCACUCCAAGCUGCACUCAAAUCUUAAAUGAAAAAAUGACCUUUAACCAAAAGGAUUCUGUUUCUCAAUCAAGUGACCAUGUUGUCAAACAUCUGACUCACACUGUCAAAAAUAGAAAGCAGCAGGUACCAGUAACAGAUCCGUUUACAUUGUGUUUAGACCUAAUAGAUAAAGAAGUUGGUUUUCAAGCAACUGACAAAAUGUUGAAUUAUAGGUGCUCAGGUUGCAUAGUGGUAAGAAAACUCAACAGCCGAAAUUUUAGCAAGCUUUUGCACUCUUGUGCAUACCAAUGUGAUCAUCAUAAAGUCAUUAUGGAAGCUGAAGAUAAAUAUAAAAGUGAACUAAGGAAAGGACUUAUCUGUGACAAAGAAAUUUUGCUGACCCCCCGUAGAAGAAGACAACUUAGUAAAGAAUCUACUGCCCCUGAAGGACUAAAACCUACUCAUCAAAAACCAGACAGUCAAAAACUUCCAGACUUGGAGGAACAUGCCUGUAAUACCAACAUUCCAGAGGCUAAGGCAAGAAGAUUCCAAGUUCCAGGCCAGCAUGGACUACAUAAAAAAAGAAGAAUUCGUAAAAACUUUACCAAAGAAGAAGUAAAUUAUCUUUUGCAUGGAGUUAAAAAAAUGGGAAAUCAUUGGAAUUCAAUUUUGUGGUCUUUCCCCUUUCAAGAAGGACGAAGGGCUGUAGAUCUUGCUCACAAAUACCACAAGCUGAUCAGAAGCCCCAACUGUGCAGCCAUAUGACUAGAGGAGACUCAGUUUUUUGACUCUUAAAAUAGAAUUUUUAGGAGAUACAAAAUACUAAAUAUUCUUCUAAAGUCUUAAGAGACAGGAAAUGAUGAGAGUUUAAAUGAUUUUUGUGUUACAAACUCUUUAAAACGUUACAAUAAUUUAUAAGCAAAUGUAUUUUCAAUGUGAAAAUUAGAUAGAAUUUCUCCAUGAGGCCAAAUAUGUUGUGCCUUUACUUUUCCUUAUAGUCAAAGAACACAGAUCAGAAGGAAAAAAUUAGCAGCCUUUAAACAUCACUUAACAUUAUAUUGCCACAAAUAGUGUAUGAGACAUUUGCAUUUCAGUAUUU